CAUCAAAUCUCAUAAUCUAAGCGCACAUUGUAUGAAAUCGAGAUUUUAUACAUUUUUUUUUAGAAAUAAGUUAAUUUUCGCGAAAAUUUUAAUGAAUACAAUUUGAGUGUGGUACCGGAAAUAGAGGAAUGCGCAAAAAUGGACGUAAAAAAUUUGUCGCAGUUGUUUAAAGAUACCAUCGACCCGAAUAAAAGAAAUGAAGCUGAGGAAAAAUUGACUCAGAUUCACAAAAUAAUCGGAUUCGCCCCGACCAUUUUACAGUUGGUAAUGUCCAAUGAGUUGGAAAUGCCAGUCAGACAAGCGGGAGCAAUCUAUUUGAAAAACCUUAUUUCUCAAAAUUGGACUGAGCCCGAACAUGAACCUGGAACCCAGAUACCUUUCAGCAUUCACGAACAAGACAGAAGCGCUAUCAGAAAUUUAAUAGUUGAAGCGAUUAUUCAUGCCCCUGAACUGUUGAGGCUGCAAUUGGCAACCUGUGUCAACUGCAUUAUCAAACAUGAUUUCCCGGGAAGAUGGACUCAAAUUGUUGACAAGAUCCAUAUCUACUUGCAAAAUUCCGAAGCUGAACAAAUUUAUGGUGCAUUGCUCUGCAUGUACCAGUUGGUUAAAAAUUUCGAGUACAAGAAAAGAGAAGAACGAGCGCCUUUGAAUGAAGCGAUGAAUUUACUUCUACCGAUGAUGUAUAAUUUGAUGGUUCGAUUACUUCCAGAUGAAUCUGAACAGUCAGUUUUAUUGCAAAAACAAGUGUUGAAAGUGUUCUACUCAUUAGUUCAGUACGUACUUCCAAUUGAAAUCAUCACUAAAGAAGUAUUUGCUCAAUGGAUGGAAGUUAUCAGACAAAUUGUUGACCGAGCAGUUCCGCCUAAAGCGAAUGCUGUUGACGAAGACGAACGACCUGACACUCCGUGGUGGAAGUGUAAGAAAUGGGCUACAAAAAUUUUAUACAGAAUCUUUGAGAGAUAUGGUAGUCCGAAUAAUGUUUCGAAAGAAUAUAAAGAUUUUGCCGAUUGGUAUUUGAAAACAUUUUCUGGUCCUAUUAUCGAAAUUCUCAUCAGAUUGUUAGAUCGUCAAAGGUUGAAGGAAUACGUGACUCCGCAAGUGUUACAAUCUACGUUGUUCUAUUUGAAUCAGUGUAUAAGUCAUGCUCACACGUGGUCAUUCCUGAAAGUUCACAUGUUUGGUAUCGUACAAGAAGUUAUUUUUCCGCUAUUAUGUCAUUCUGAAACAGACGAGGAGUUAUGGCAAACCGAUCCAUUGGAAUACGUGCGUGUAACUUACGAUUCGUACGAAGAUUUGCUUUCGCACAAAACCGCAGCGCAGAAUUUAUUACACGCAGCGUGCCAAAAACGUAAACAAAUUUUACCGAGAACUGUUCAAUUUUUGAUGCAAGUUCUUCAAUCGCCUACUGCGGACACUAAACAGAAAGAUGGCGCAUUAUGUAUGGUGGGCGCUAUUGCGGAUAUUCUAUUUAAAAAAGAAUUAUACAAAGAUCAAAUGGAACAGAUGCUGUAUACUUACGUAUUUCCAGAAUUUCAGAGCCAGUUUGGUUUUAUGAGAGCUAGAGCUUCCUGGACUUUGGCUCAUUUUGCUGAAACGAGAUUCCAAACCGAACAGAUCUUAGUAGAAGCUGUAAGAUUGAUUGUCAAUUCUUUGUUGACUGAUAAAGAGCUGCGAGUUAAAGUGCAGGCUGCUAUAUCGCUUCAAAUGUUGUUAGCUAAUCAGGACAAAGUUCAGGAGUAUCUGAGACCUCAUAUUAAAAACGUUACCCUUGAGGUAUUGAAUGUCAUCAGGGAAACGAAAAACGAUGAUUUGACCAACACACUACAAAAAAUAAUUAGCGUUUAUCAAGAAGAUCUGGCAGAUUUGGCUGUAGAAAUGUGUAAUCACUUGGCUGUCACCUUACGUCAAGUUUUGGAAACUUCGGACGGAAGUAUCGAUGAUGAAUACUCAAUAACCGCGAUGUCUUUGCUUAAUACUUUGGAAACUAUAGUCAGUGUUAUGGAAGAUCAAGCUCAAAUUAUCGCUCAGAUUAGACCGAUAGUCUUGGAAAUCGCUGUGCAUAUUCUACAAGAGGGUGUAAUGGAAUUCUACGAAGAAGCUCUUUCAUUAUUAUACGAACUAACGUGUAAAGAAAUCACUCCGGAUUUAUGGAACGUAUUGGAAAUUUUAUACAAGGUUUUCCAAAGAGACGGAGCUGAUUACUUCAUGGAUAUGAUGCCAAUGUUGCACAAUUAUGUAACUGUUGAUACGAACGGAUUUUUAUCAAAUGAAAACUAUUUACUAGCAUUAUUUAACAUGUGCAAGACCGUUUUGACCGUAGAAAUGGGUGAAGAUCCAGAAUGCCAUGCUGCAAAAUUAUUAGAAGUUAUCAUAUUGCAAUGUAAAGGUCGAAUUGAUCAGUGUAUACCAUCAUUCGUUGAAUUAGUUGUGCAACGUUUAACCAGAGAGAUAAAGACUUCGGAAUUGCGUAUAAUGUGUUUGCAAGUGGUGAUAGCAGCUUUAUAUUAUAAUCCGCAAUUAUUAUUCGAAAUACUAAAUAGACUACAGUUAUCGGUCUCGCCUACAGAAUCUAUAACAUCUCAUUUUAUUCGACAAUGGAUCCACGAUGCCGAUUGUUUCCUCGGCCUACACGAUCGUAAAAUAUGCAUUCUCGGAUUAUGUACCCUUUUAAUGUUCCAACCAGAAAGACCACCGAUUUUAAAUGAAAACGAAUGUGCUCAACGGGUUAUUCCAUCAAUGAUAUUAUUAUUCCAAGGUUUGAAGAAAGCAUACGCGGCUCGAGCACAAGAUAAUUCCGACGAAGAUUCCGAUGAGGAUCUGGACGAAAGUGAUGAAGAAGAUAUACCAGAUGUUUUAUCAACCGAUGAAGACGAAAUAAAUGAAGAAAGCGACGAUUACUUGGAAGCUUUACAAGAAAGAAUAAAGAAGAAAAAUCCAACAUCCCCCGCAUGUAACAUAACUUGUGAAAUUAAAGCUGAUAGUGAAGAUGAAGAAGACGAUGACGAUGACGAUGAUUACGAUCCAACUGAAGAAACACCUCUGGAAGGUUAUACCACGCCGUUAGAUGAAAACGACAGCGAAGUAGACGAAUAUAUUGUAUUUAAAAAUGUUUUAAUUGCUUUAAAAGAAAGAGAUCCGAAUUUCUAUAAUAUGUUAACGAGCAGCCUGAAUGCUGAACAGCAGAAACAGCUUCAAGAAAUAAUCGUCUUGGCCGAUCAGAGAAAAUCCGCUGCUGAAAGUAAAAAAAUAGAACAAGCUGGAGGUUAUGCUUUUGUACAACAAGCAGUCCCGACAUCUUUCAAUUUUGGAGGAACACCGUUAGGACGUUGAUAAAUUCGAAGUUUAUCUGUCAUUGCGAUUAUUUUUUCAUAAUGAACGUUUUUCUCGGCGGAAAUAAUUUCGUUAUUUUAUGAUUUAAUUUUUUUUUGUUUUUAAGAUUGCGGUAUAUUUUACGAGUACUCGGUAUUUUACGUUGAUGAAAUGUAAAUUGUUGAUUGCAGCCUAGAAUAAAAGUUUAAAUGGAAUUAUUUUCUAUCAAAAUUUCUUCGUAAUAUUAUUUUUUCUCCGAGUAUUCCGGUAACAUAUAUAUAUAGACCUUCAUGAAUUUUUUUUAUAUUGUUAGAAACUAUCGUGUAAUUCAUGUUUUCAUUUGUUAACUUCGCGUUUAAAUUAUUUAUACAUGUGCAAAUCUUUAUAUUGAAAUACAUUUUGUCCGUUUAUUUAAUCAUUA